CCAAACCAGAGCAUCGGAUGCCGUUUAAAAGCCCAAGCCCCUUUCCUCCACCAAUGGCGAAUCCAGCUUUCUCACGAGGUGUCUCUCUACAUUCCAAAACCUAACCCUAACCCUAGUUCUGCCGUCUCCACUCCAAUCCCCACUCCCGUCUGCACCAUGGCCGCCGCGCAGGCGCGAGAGGCGGCCCCGCCGCCGGUGAUCGGGAAGGCGGGGCGGUACACCGUCUUCAUCACCCCGCCGCCGACCCCCAAGUCCUCCGAGGCCCCGAGGCCCCUGAGCUCUAGUCCUAAGCUGAGACCUAGCCCCAGUCCAAGAAAUGUGGCUCCUCUGUCCGUCAGUAUAACUCCGCCGGCGCCCCCACCGGUUCAAGUCCCGCCGCAGCAGUUCGAGAAGCCGGCCGCUCGGCCGUCGGGAUCCGUGUUUGGGUUCUUCUGGGACGCCGUCGCCAAAGUCCAAGAUGUGCAUUCGAGCUUGGACGACUACCUGGCGGAUUGGUUUGGGUUGAACCGAUCGAAGUAUCAAUGGGCGUUGAAUGAUUACUACGAGAACAACGGAAAGAUGGAAGGUGGCAAAGUUGGUAAACCAAAAGAACCUACCAGCAAAGGGCAAGCUGUGUAAUAUCUUAAAUCAUGUUGUUUGUGAUAUUGAUGUGUGGACGUAAUGAUAAUCUGUAUCACCAGUGCCAUUUGUAUGACCAUGAGGCGGCAUUGAAGGGGGUCUCCAUUCAUAAUGGCCAACUAGUUUUAACACCAUGCAGCAGUGCCAAUUACAUUGCAUCAGUCCAGUUGAGGUGUAAAUGUUUGACAAAUAGGAUUAUUAUUGUCGCAAAUGUGGUCACCUGUUAAGCCUUUUUUUUUUUUUAAUUAUGCUCUAUGGGAGUUGGUGUAACUUUGUUCUGGGUUUUCUUUUGGACUGUUUAGUCAUCAUUAAUCAGCAAUAGCAAGCAUAGAAUUUCAUAUUCAGAUCACUUGCAAUGCAGAUCUUGCCUUGUUUA